ACUGCUGUACGUAUGGUUGGAGCGAGCGAGGAGUGGGAAAAAAUCUCUCUAUUCGUUAUCAACUAUUCGUUAACAAGAAGAGAGUGACGACGACGACGACAACGACGACAACGUCGUGCGCGCUUCUCGGAUAGAUAGAUGUGAGAAUGUCGGAUUGCGAUGCGCCGAAUCACGCUACGACGAUCACCGGCUACGACUUCAUCGACGAUGAGGAUGCCGGUCACGUCAGUAAAAUGGGUUCAUCCAACCCGGCUAACGAGUUCGAGGAAUCAUUGGAAGCAAUGUCUGAUAUUUACGGACAAACGCCACCAAGAACUCGUCAUAGUCGCAAGAAAAGGUAUAUGAAGCAGAAGCUGACAGGCAGUGAUAUUAAGUUAGUAGAGAAAGAAACUCGACCGAGGGUGACUAUCCGUAGGCGUAACACUCUGGAUACUAUCAUUUUUAAUGAGAUGUGUGAUAAAGCUGACAAAGAUCUUGACAAUGAAGCAAAGGAUGAUGCGAAAGAAGGUAGUAGAAAAUGUAAGAGAAGUCUAAAAUUAUUACGUGGCAAUGAAAGAGACUUAAAACUAGAUGUGGAGGCUGCCUAUAACUAUGCCGACAAGCAUGAGCAUAUGACAGUAUCAACUCCGAAUCAAAUCAAGAUUGAGACUAGAAAUAGAUUUCGUAGCCUGAGAUCCAAGCCUGUAGAUGUGGAGGAAAAGAGAUUGGAGCAGGAGGUUUAUGAACAUAGUAUGGUAAUAAAUGAGGAGAACUUUAGUAUGCAAUCACCAAGAGCACAGAGUCUCAAGGAAAGACAGAUAUUUCACGACACUUUCUCCUUCUUAAUUAAAUUGGGAAGCACAGAACGGAAUUGUCGUCGUCAGAUGAGCCACGAGGAAACUAGAUGGCAGAAUGAAUUGAAGGAUCUGAUAUGGUUGGAAUUGCAGGCACAUCACGCUGAUCGCAGUCCUAUGGCACAGGAUGAAUAUUUGUGUCGUCAACGCGAGGCGGUAGAAGGUCUGCUUACGGAAAUAAUGGAGUAUAGAUAUGAUCCCAUCGCGGAAAUGCACGAGGUAGGCUUGAGUUGUAUCAGCCCCGGUGAUGUAGCGACCGAUCGACUGACAAAUCUCGGUUCGAGUCCAAACAUUGAGCUAGGCGUAUGCCCAGGUUGCCUCUCCAUGUUCUGCCGUGCAUGUGCGCGUGCACAGAGUGAGGCGUUGCAACAGGUGGAAGGUUUAUUGGGUCGCUUGGAAGCUGCCGAGGCCUUGUAUCCAUCGUCUCAGGCGUUCGCUGCUAAUUAUCCGUUAUACAAGAGCGCCGAAUUCACCGACAGGGUGAAAGCUAUGUGUCUUUGGUACAAUAUGACGAAACACCAUCGGCUCAAAUUACAGAUACUGGGUAGACUACUCAUGAUGCUGCACAGCAAGAAGAAACAGGAAGAAGUUAACGAUUCUGGCAUCAGUUCGCGAUCUUCAGAUACCGUCGACUCUACUGAACAACGACAAUCCACAGUUCGAUUUGAAGUACCUCAACAGGACGAAAAUUCUAGUCCUUCCGACAGCAAUAAUAGCAAUAACUCUUCAAUCGGGGGUUUAUCAUUUGUACAGUCAUUGCCCGCUACUCCCGAAACCUCGUACUCGUAUAUCGAGGACGAACGAAUCGAGCGUCUCGAUUUUUAUUUAGUUGAAUUCGAUCGACACGCUUACAGGAAGUAUGUUGAAGAUGUUCUGAAGACGAGAGGUCUCAGGAAAAGUCUGAACUUCUUAGAACGAUUGCAUACAUCUGUCUUGCGAAAGGCAAGAUUGACUUUAGAGAAAAAUGACUGUGACAACACAUGUGAUAAUAGCGCGAGUGAAGAGUACGAAGGUGACAAAGAGUUACGACGCUAUGGCGUUUGGAGCUCCGAGGCAAGGGAACUGAAUUUACCGUCGUACAGCGUGUACUCAACCAAAAGAAGGAAGGGGGAAAAAGAAGAAAGGGCAGCUUUCGUAUUUCUUUCGCGUGUACCAUUAGACGUGGUUCAUGAAUUUCUGAGAAUGAGGUUGGAGCAGAAGCCAGUGCAACCGAGUCCAUUGUCGGUUCGACAACUCAUGCGAGAGCUUCGCGAAGGUCUCAGGAUCGCUUGUAUCCAUCGAGACAGGUUUGCAGCGCAUUCUCGUGCUGCUAUUGCCAGCGAUGAGACCAGUUGUGAGAGUUUGUUCGAGCAGGACGUUAAGUACUUUGACCAGAGUUUGAGAGCCGUGUUCGAGGUGUAUUUGGAUUAUUUGCGGCAGUGGGUAGACAUGGUACAGCACGACAGCUUUCACAAGAAUUUGAUUAUGGAUGAAUGGUUGUUCGUCAAGUCUAUCGCUGGUAACAUAAGCGAUGGAUUUAAGAUUGCCGGUGUGAAAUUCUGUGAAAUCGCGCAGAUGAUGAUCAAGCAAGUCAACGAAUUUCUCGUGGAUCGUCCUCGCGAGAUUCGGGAAAAUGCUGAAGAGAAGGAUGACGAGUUGUCAUGCAAUGAAACGUGGUUCAGAUUUCAUCUGAUGUUUGUGGGCCGUGAAUGGCAGGGGAUGUUCGUGGAGGCCCGCGAAAAGGUCGUGAAGAGCAUCAACUUAGCCAAAUGUGUGGAACGCGACAUGGAGAAAUGGCCAGCCCUCGACCAGGAGUUGCAAGAAUCGUUGACCUCAUUGAAGGAUACGGCUUUGGGCCUGAGGCAUCGUAUAUUAGUGGUAGUCGAGGAUUUCCAGCAGGAGGCCGACGAGGUGGAGCAGUCGUACACCGAGGCAGACCAGUCGGCGGCUAUACGAUCGAGAAUCCGCGAGAAUCUCCAUCAGGCUUACAGAAUGGGUUUCGAUUAUCACAAAGAGAUGUGCAUGCUAUUCGCGUUGGAGGAAAAGGCUGUCUUAGCGCGGGGUUUGGUAUCGUUCGCGCUUCUUUGGAUGGAAUUUGUGAGGACGCGAUGCGAGCGUGGCCGCGGCUUGAGACCUAGAUGGGCGAAUCAAGGUCUAGAGUUUCUAAUCAUAGUAUGUGAACCACACUACACGAAACAUCUCACCGAUCAGGAGUUUGAGAAACUGAAAACUUGUAUGGAUCGCUGCAUAUCUCAUGUGGUGGGGACAGUGUCGGUCGCGGCAUCCAUGCCGGAGACGGAAGGAAUUAUUUCGAAAAGACUACCCCGAUCGAGAGCCUCGUCACCGUCUCACGGUCGCAGUAGAACCGCAAGUUUCAGUCUUUCUCCAAAGCCGCGGGAUAUUCUAAGAUCGCCCGAAAUAUUAAUUAAUGCGAAGAAGAGCGGUUCGCCUAGUGUGGUGGAUGGAAAUCUCACAGUGAUGAUAAACACGCCCGAGCGAGGUAUGUUGAGGCACGAAAGAGUUGUUCGCGCCACCAGGAAAGUGGAAAACGAGCUGGACGAAAGAUUGCGGAGUCGAGAACUCAUCGGGCAAAUCAUUGAUAGAAAAACAGUGGACAGAGUUCGUAUUAAGGCGAGAAGAGUUACGUUCACGUGGCAACGUGGUAUUAAAAUAGGCCAGGGAAGAUUCGGCAAAGUAUAUACUGUGGUCAAUAACCAAACUGGUGAAUUACUGGCCAUGAAGGAAGUGCAGCUGCAACCUGGCGAUCACAGAGCGAUCAGACGCGUUGCCGAGGAAUUGCAAAUAUUCGAGGGAAUCCAGCAUCAACAUUUAGUGCGAUAUUACGGGCUAGAAAUUCACCGUGAGGAGAUGUUAAUUUUUAUGGAAUUUUGCGCGGAGGGUACACUGGAGAGCUUGGUGGUGGGUAGCGGCAAUGGAUUGCCAGAACCUUCGGUGAGGAAGUACACUCAUCAACUUCUCAAGGCUGUGGCAGCACUGCACUUUCAUGGAAUAGUUCAUCGAGAUAUCAAAACCGCGAACAUUUUUCUAACGGACGAAGGCAAUUGUCUGAAACUCGGUGAUUUCGGUAGUGCGGUACAAAUCAAAGCGCACACAACGAUGCCUGGUGAGCUUCAGGGCUUCGUUGGUACUCAAGCAUACAUGGCGCCAGAAGUAUUCAUGAAGUCCGAAGGCACUGGACACGGCAGAGCUGCCGACAUCUGGUCGGUAGGUUGUUGUAUCGUCGAGAUGGCGAGCGGCCGACGACCAUGGUCGGAUUACGAUUCGAAUUAUCAAAUUAUGUUUAAAGUCGGAAUGGGAGAGUCACCGGCACUUCCGAAGAAUCUUUCCGCGGAAGGUACGGAUCUCGUGAAAAAAUGUCUCCAGCAUGACCCGAAGAAAAGGGCGACCGCGAAUACUCUCCUGGCGCAUUCCUUCGCGCAAGCUUAUGAGGACGUUAAUGCUGAUUUUAACGAUGCCGCGAUAUUGAAAGUCGUACGGGAGAAUGUGUGAGUACAAUCCACAAAAUUUCAUCUCUUAAAUUAACGUAAACGUUCUGCUCUCUGGCGCGCGCAUACGUUUCUUGUUUACUUAUCUUUGCUGCGGAGAAGAGGAUUGUCUUUGUUACGGACUUGUGCGGAAUUGCGCUUAAUGGGCCGUCGUACUUUAGGACUCUCCUUAGAAUUGUGCUCCACACAUAGUGUAUCGUGGUCGUAUUACAUUGAGACGCUGGUUGCUCUUUCGUUCUUUCAAGUGAUUUAAUUAUCAGUGAAUGUUUUCCUUCGUUUCGACAACACUUGGUGUUCACAGCGAACUACACGGAGGAACGAGAAAUGUCUCAGGACAUUUUAGUCAUUGACGGAUUCAGUCAGUGCAUAUUCAGUGUAGUGCAUAAUUAUAUUGUGAUUGUUUUGUUUACGGUGUAAUUAUAUAUAUAUAGGUCGUCCCAGAAAAACGUGCCCUCGUAAUCGCAAUUGUUAGAUACCAAAGAAAUUGUGAAGGCCUCAUUUUCUUUCUUUGGUCAUGAAAAAUUGCGAGUUUCGGACAUUGCAUACCUAUAUGCAGUAUGUGAUUCUAAGGUAGACGUUACACUUUAUGCGAACACGUUAUGAUAGGAUUAGAUAGGGCCUACAUAUGUUAAAGGAGCGUGAGCGUGAUUUUAGUGAAGGACGAUUAGUUUAUCAUAGAUAGUCGCACGUACAGUCGAGCUCGGUCGCAAAUUUAAUCGAUUGACGGACAUUUAUAAGGAACAUCAAAAGGAUAAUUGUCUUUAAGUACACAAGAGUGUAACGAGUGUACGAGGUGAAAAUAUUUACAAUUUGCCAAUAUGUGCAUUUGAUUUAAACGAAUCUACAAAUAUAAUAUGUAAUUUUGUACAUAAAGUUGAUAUAUAAGAAUAUUCAUUUAAAUUGGAGAUAAAUCGGUGAAAGAAGAAUAAUUCGCAGCAUGAUGAGAAUAGAUUAGCUCUACUCUACUUGAAAUAAUUUAUGAGCCGCGGCAUGUGCUGUGUAUUCCUUAUAAAUGUAUGACUAGUGUGCAGGAACAUUCCGAGAAUCGUAUUCGCACUUCAAACUUAAUAUCGAACAUGGCUGUCCGGUGCUCGUAUCA